AUGCCGAUGCGCGACUCCGCCGCGGGACGUCAUCCCGAACCGCACACCCCCUCGUCGCCCUCGACUUCGCGCCAACACGAUGCCCAGUCGCCAUCGCUCCCUACACAACAGCUUCGCGAUCCGCUCAGCGAUGUCGAUGUCGCCUCCUCCUUUGACCCGUACCCUUCGCCCGCCCUGUCCGCCUACUCCUAUACCACCUCGUCCAGCGUCGACCUCUCCGACUUUGACUCGGACCUUGGAUCUCUCUCCCUCGACGCGCUCGACGAGCCGGUCCGAAGCCAUCAGCGUCACCUCACCGUCACUACCGACGGCUUACCGGCAAACGGCGAUGCACAGUCACAGCGCAAGCAGCAUCUGCAGCAAGCGCGGCGGCCCCACAGCCCACCAGACGACGAUCAAGACGGCGACUACGCCGGCCGCGUCUGCGACCUCAGCGGCGAGCGCCACCUCAGCGGCACAUCCACUCCCAUCGCAACCGCCUCUUCUCACUUCCUCGCGCAUGGCAACGGGUCCAUGACUUCGACAAAGGAACACCCCUAUGCCCACCUCCGAUUAUCGCCCAAGCAGAUGCCCGGCCUCGACUACAAUGGGACAGCCCCAGCGGCAGCACAAGCAUCCGCUACCCUCACGAGUCCGGCAGGACCAGCGGUGGGCGAUGCAGCGGCCGAAGCGCAGGGCGCCGGUGAUGACGCCGAUGCAGAGGACGACGCCGCCGACGACGAAGGCAUGGACAACGAGGGCGACGAGCUCGACGCCUUCGACUUCGAGGACGUCAACGAGGACGACAUGCACGCCGAGGGCAUCCCCGCCGCCCGCGGCUUCCGCCUCGACGCCCGCCAGGCCGACACGCCCAAGUUCCUGCAGAAGGUGCUCGACCUCCUCUCGAUCCACCUCAAGCUCGCCGGCUGGUCGGCCGAGACCGUCGACCCUUCGCUGCGGCCCCUGGUGGCGCAGAACCUCAAGCUGAAGCGCAUCAGCGGCGCCUUCACCAACGCCGUCUUCUUUGCCAGCUACCGCCUCGCCCCGUCGCAGCAGCCGCCCGCGCCGACAGCGUCGCUGCCGCCGACUGUGCUGCUGCGCGUCUACGGCACCGGCUCCGAGGCGCUCCUCUCGCGCAGGGCCGAGCUGCUCAUCCUCCACACGCUGUCGAGCCUCUACGAGAUUGGCCCGCACAUCCUCGGCACCUUUGCCAACGGCCGCGUCGAGGAGUUCUACGAGUGCGAGCCCAUCCAGAAGGAGGGCAUGCGGGACCUCGGCGAUCGUGAAGCAAGGAUCGUGGCGGGCGACAAGCUCAAGAUCAAGGGUCGUGAGGGUCGGGCCCACUGGGUGGCGCGGAGGAUGAAUGAGCUCCACGCCGUCCCGCUCGAGGUCAUGAGGACGGUGCUGGAGCAGGGCGACCUCAAGGCGCCCGGCGAGAAGGGGUUCGGCAGAGGCAUCCAGGACCACAUCAUGGCCAGCUCGCAUCGCCCCAGGCGCAAGCUGCGGCACAAGCCCUCCCACUCGACCGGGAUGGCUUCCGGCCUCGCCGCCUCCUCGCCCAUGAUUUACGGCCUCGACGGGCGUCGCAGCGUGCGGGCGAGCCCCGCCCCCAUGGGUCCCAACGAGCUGCCGCCGGGCCCCGAUCCCGAGCUCGCCCACGGUCGUGGCGGCUACUACUCGCACCACAACAGCUCCGUCGCUUCGCUCGACUCGCUGGCGACAAGCUACGACUCGCAGUCGAGCAUGUCGUCGUUCAGCCCGUCGCUGCAUGGCUACGGCAGCCCCAGGGUGGGCCCCGCCUCUGCCUCGGCAACCGGCGCCGGCUCACAGUCGUCGUCCACCUACUUUCCGCCCGUCGCUGGAGCGCCGCGCUCGUCGACAAGCACCUCGGUCGAGCACGGAUCUGGCAAGGGAAGAAGCUCGUCGCUGGGCAGCAGCGCCAGAGGUCCGUACCCGGGCGUGUGGCGCAGGAUGAAGCGUUGGUCGAGGGAGGCGGCCAAGGUGGUGCAGCUGGUCGAGAGCUUUGCGCGGUCAGAGAGCGGGUCCAAGGCGAUCGCCAUCGCGUUCGAGGGCCACCCUUCGAUCAAGGAGGAGAUCGUGGCGGGCGCGGAUGGCAAGGGAGGGCUGUCGACCGACACCAUCGGCCCUACGCCGGGCAGCCUGCGCAACACGCUGCGCUGCAUGCGAGCGCUCGACCUCGCCUCGAUGGUCAAGGAGCUCGACGAGUUCAAGCACUUUGUGCGCACCUGGGAGCGUCGCGAGGGCCCCAGCAAGCGCGUCUUUGCCCACAAUGAUGCGCAGUACGGCAACCUUCUCGAGAUCAAGUCGAGCGCGCACGGCGGCGCCAACGCCGCCGGUACGAGCAACGGCCACGGCGGCGCCGGCAUCGACCCUGGCGAUCGAGGCGGGGCGCGCGACGGCGGCGCCGGCGGCCCGACUGAGCUGAGCCUCGAGUCACCAGCAAUCCCCGCCGGUAUGCCCCGGCACCACAUCGCUCACCCCGCCGCCUCGUCGUCUUCGUCAUCGUCAAUGGACCGGCAGCGCGGCAGCGUCGACAGCAACGCGACCGCCAGCCCACCAGUCAGGGCCACCCAGCGAGCCGCCUCGCGCUCGCGGGCGCGCAAGCCGCCGCCGCCGCAUCACAAGCUGGUGGUCAUCGACUUCGAGUACGCCUGCCCGAACCCGAGGGCCUACGACAUCGCCAACCACUUCCAAGAGUGGCGAGCAGACUACCACCAUCCGACCAUGUCGUGGUCGCUGCGGCACCACGGCGCGUAUCCGGACGAGCACCAGCGGCGCAAGUGGCUGCGUGCCUAUGUCGAGCAGGGUCGCCUGGUGCGGAUGCGGGGACGUGCCAUCGGACUCGACAACCUGCCCGCUCCGACCGAGAUGGCGCUGCCGCCCUCGGUGGUCUCGGUGCCUGCUCCACGUGGUGGGUCCGCCGCCUCGUCGACACCGGCAUCCGCAGCCACUUCGACCUCGAGCCUCGUCUCGGGCGAUAGCGGCUACGGCGCCGGCCGCGACGAUGGCACGUCGAACAAGCAGGACACGCGCGCCUCGCAGUUUGGGGCCCUGGAAAAGUCGCUCGGCGGCAGCGGCAAGGCGCCUGGACCGGGCGCACGUACGCCGAGCGCCCACUCGCUGCGCUCUGGCACGGCAGCCACGACGCCGGCCACCGAGACUGACGUUCCGCCCAUGGCGGUGGCCGCGGUGGCCGCAGCGCCCAUGACGCCUGCGAUGACGGUCACGGAGCGCGCGCCCAAGGAGCGGCGAUUGAGCACCGAAUCGGUCUCGUCGUCGUCGUGGCAGGCCGGAUCUCUCGCUGCGACGCCGCUGGGCGCGCUCGAUGGCGUCUCGUCGCCCGCCGUCGACGUGCCCCAAUCGCCGCAGAUGCUGGCCCUGGCGCGGCUCGACGCCAGCAUCGAGAAGGAAGUCGACCGCCUGGACCGCGAGGUGCGCGUGUGGAGUCCGGCGACGCAUGCCGUGUGGGGCCUAUGGGGCAUCGUAUUUGCAAAGGAGGAAGUGGAAUCCGUCCUCGCUCGAGCCAUCGCUGAGGUCGAAUCCACGGGUACCGGCACCGUCGUCCGCGACGCGGCGACGACGUCGGUGCUACGGUCCGCGGCGCAGGGCCAAGACGAGCAAGGUGGACAGCUCCACGAAGCGGGCAGCGCCGAGAGCUUCGAUAACCUCCGCUACGCACUCGGCCGCUUUGAACUAUUCCGUGCCGAGUUUGGAGAUCUCAAGCGUCUCGGGCUCGAUCGCAUUUGA